CCAUGAACCCGGUUUAGUUAUUCUGUAGAGGUCUUGGCCUUAAAGUAGUCUAUAUACUGCAAUGGUUCCUAUCUUUCACUGAGGGGAGCAUAUACACACAAACAGAAGCAGGAAGAGUUAAAGUGAGGUCUGUGAACACUAGGAAGUAGUAGUUCUCACUGGUGCCUUGGUCCUUGACACACAUUUGUACUCAGGCCAAUUUAACGUAACAGGCUGACUCUAACUCUCAUGGCUCUUCAUCUCUCCCUCCACCUGCUCCUCCUCCUCCUCCUUGUCUACAGAAUCUCAGCAGGUAAAGUGGGGUAUGUUUCUGUGCAGACAGGAGGCUCCAUCACCUUCCCAUGUAGCUAUGAUCAGUAUUACAUAAACCAUGUGAAAUACUGGUGUCAAGGAUUAGUUUGGGAAGUAUGUUCGUAUGUAGUACGUGCUGACCAUCCUAAGAGCAGUGGUAAGACCUCAAUCUCUGAUGACAUCAACAAGAGAAUCUUCACCGUGACCAUGACUGACCUGACGUCAUGGGACUCUAAUACUUACAGGUGUGUUGUGGAGAUCAAUAGAGGAACAGAUAUCAUGGUACAAAGGUUCUACCUAUCUGUCACUCCAGGUACUCCAGAACUCUAUGUAGAACAACAGGAAGUGACUGGAGUAGAAGGAGGGAGUGUCACUGUCUGUUGUUACUAUAGUAACUCUGGAGACAUGAAGUGGUGCAGGAUGGGUGGUGAUUGUGUGAGUGGGUAUUCUGGGACUUUACAUGGAACAUCAGUGGCAUUAAUCUGGACUAGUGAUGCCAACAACAGAAAAGCCUUAACAGUGACUAUGAGUGGACUGAAGAUGGAGAACACUGACUGGUAUUGGUGUAGAGUUGGAGAACUAGAGAUGCCUGUUCACAUCACUGUCAGUCAACAAACUGCAACACAGAGAACCUCUAAGAUGACCUCAACAACCCAAGAUCCAACCCCUCCACAACCCUCUGCCUCUCCAACUGCUGAGCCUGUUCAGACUGACAACACAAGUCAAGGAGCUGAGGGGAACAUGGAGGAAGUCCACCAGAGGUCCGUGGAAGUCCUAAUCAUCUCUAUGGGCAUGUUGGUGGUGGUGACAGCUGGUAUCCUAGUAACAUGGAAGAUGUGGAGAAGGCCUAAGGACAAUAAGGCCAAGGACCAGACAACUAACAACUCAGUGGAUCCAUUUCCUGAAGCUGAGGAUGAUGUCACAUACAGCACUGUCAUCUUCCUGCACAAGGCCCAACUAAAAGGACAGACAAAGUCAGCAGACCCAGAUGAUAAUGUGGUCUACAGCUCACUAGCUCUACAGGUGACCAAACAGCAGAGAGCAGCAGCACAGCAGUGACUGACAGAGAAGACCUUGAUCUUGUCAUUUUACUGGAAGGACAGAACACUCCCCUCUCCUGUGUCACAACAUCUAUCUGCCUCCAAUAUGAUUCUGUCAUACCUCUUGACCCACCCCAGGAAGACCCCUCUAUCCUUUAGUGUAAUAAACUACUGAAGGCAGUCUGCUGUGUUUGUUGUGAUUAUCAUCACAUUUCUGUUAUUAGUUAUGUUCCACCACCUUUCCCCUUGUCUCUUAUUUCUUACAUCAUGAUCUUAUUGAUCUAGUUUAAUGUCCUAUGUCUGUAACUAAUCAUGAUCAAACGUGUAUUAAGAUCUUAGUAUAGACAGCUACUAUGUAUAAUAACUACUGUA